CCGGAUCCCACUCUGCAGCCUCCUUCACAGCCCGCUGGGCAGUGGGCAUUGGAGGGUACCGACCCCCAGUGCUCCCAGCCCUGCUAGCGCCACCAGCCUUCUACUCAGUGCCCGGGUGCGCCCACUCCAUGGCCCCCGAGAUGGACCAGCUCUACAGGUCCACUAUGACCAUCUACAAGAGCAUCAUGGAGCAGUUCAACCCCGCCCUGGAGAACCUGGUGUACCUAGGGAACAACUACCUCCGGGCCUUCCAUGCUCUGUCUGAGGCGGCAGAAGUGUACUUCAACGCCAUCCAGAAGAUCGGGGAGCAGGCCCUGCAGAGUUCCACCUCGCAGAUUCUGGGUGAGAUCUUGGUGCAGAUGUCCGACACCCAGCGGCACUUGAACUCUGACCUGGAGGUGGUGGUGCAGACAUUCCAUGGAGACCUGUUGCAGCACAUGGAGAAGAACACCAAGCUGGACAUGCAGUUCAUCAAAGACAGCCGCCAGCACUACGAGAUGGAGUACCGCCACCGAGCCGCCAACCUGGAGAAGUGCAUGUCCCAGCUGUGGCGUAUGGAGCGCAAGAGAGACAAGAAUGCGCGGGAGAUGAAGGAGAGCGUGAACCGGCUGCACGCGCAGAUGCAGGCCUUUGUGUCUGAGAGUCAGCGGGCAGCUGAACUGGAAGAGAAGCGGCGCUACCGCUUCCUGGCUGAGAAGCACCUGCUGCUUUCCAACACCUUCCUGCAGUUUUUUGGCCGGGCCCGGGGGAUGCUCCAGAACCGCGUGCUGCUGUGGAAGGAGCAGUCGGAGGCCAGCCGCAAUCCGUCGCGUGCCCACUCCCCGGGCCUGCUGGGCCCCGUGCUGGGGCCGCCCUACCCCUCGGGCCGCCUGACGCCCACCCGCCUGGACAUGCCCCAGAGGCCUCUGGGAGAGUUCGGCUCCCCACGCAGCCGGCACGGCUCCGGCUCCCACGGCCCGGAGCCCACUGAGGCGAGAUCCGCGUCCCAGCUGGAGCCAGACCGCCGGUCCCUGCCCCGGACGCCGUCCGCCUCCUCGCUCUACAGCAGCAGCACCGAGCGCUCGCGCUCCAACUCUUUCGGCGAGCGCCCGGGCUGCAGGGGCGGCGGCGGCGCCCGGCGAGUUCGCGCCCUGGUCUCCCACUCGGAGGGCGCCAACCACACGCUGCUGCGUUUCUCGGCCGGAGACGUUGUGGAGGUGCUGGUGCCGGAGGCCCAGAACGGCUGGCUCUAUGGCAAGCUGGAGGGUUCAUCCACGAGCGGCUGGUUCCCCGAGGCCUAUGUGAAGCUUUUGGAGGAGCUGCCCAUGAAUCCCGUGAACCCCUUGAACCCCGUGACCUCCAUGAAUCCCACGAACCCCUUGAACCCAGUGACGUCCGUGAACCCCAUGAGCCCUAUGAAUGAGCUGCCUUCCAGGUCCUACCCACUCCGGGGCAGCCACAGCCUUAAUGACCUCCUGGACCGGCCAGGCAACUCCACAGCAUCCUCAGACUACUGGGAUGGCCAGUCCCGCUCCCGAACCCCAAGCCGGGUCCCGAGCCGCACCCCCAGCCCCGCACCUACACCCUUGCCUGGCAGCCGCCGAAGUAGCAUGGGCAGCAUGGGGGUGGCCAGUGACGUCAAGAAACUCAUGUCCUGGGAGCAGCAACCCCCAGAGCUCUUCCCUCGGGGAACAAACCCCUUUGCCACCGUAAAGCUGCGUCCCACCGUCACCGAUGACCGCUCAGCGCCCCUCAUCCGCUGAGGUGCCUUCCUCCACCAGGGGUCUGAGGUCGUCACCCCGACACCUGCCCAGGGGCUGCCCAGAGCUGGCGGCAGCAGAAGCAGCACCAGUGGAUCCAAGGAGCCGGGGCCCUGGUACCGGGGGCAGCUGCCCUUCCCCAGACCACCCCCAGCCUGAGCAGUUCCAAAGGCACUGGCCUGGGGUCCGGGCACUUCAAAGUAAAGCAGCCGGAAGUGGGGGACAGAACCGUUUCUUCCCCUCCAGGGGCCCCGGACUCUCCCCGGGGGCCUGCCUCAUGCCCCCCAGCCUCUUUCCCCCUUCUCCGUCCCAGUGGGGAGGAGCCCCUUGCACACCCCCUCCCCUGCCCCACACACCUCCCCUGUUUAACUUCUGUAAACGGUGAGAAAUAAAGCGAGUGAGACACGG